AUGAUCUUUUUCCUCUCACCAUUGCUCACUGAACAACACUAUCUAUCUAAUCUAAUUUUUUUUAUCUAUCUAAAAUUUGUUUUUAUCUAUCUAUCUAUCUAUCUAUCUAUCUAUCUAAAAUUUGAUUUAUCUAACAUAAUUUGCUUGUAUCUACCUAAACUCAUUUUCUAUCUAUCUAUCUAUCUAUCUAUCUAUCUAUCUAUCUGUCUGUUAAUUAUCUAUUUAUAUGACUCUUUUAAUAUAUUUCUGUAUCUGCAUUUCUGUCUUUCAAUCCGAGUCAGUUCAUUAUCUCUCUCACUCUUUUUUAUUAUCUUUCUUUCUGUCUUUAUCCACCUGAGGCUCUUUAUCUAUCUAUCUAUCUAUCUAUCUAUCUAUCUAUCUAUCUAUCUAUCUAUCUCUUCCUCUUCGUUAUCAAUCUAUUCGAGUCAGUUCAUUUAUUUCUCUGUCUCUCUUUCAAUCCGAGUUAGUUCACGAUCUCUCUCACUCUUUCUUUAUUAUCUUUCUUUCCGUCUAUAUUUAUCGGAUACUGUUCUAUCUAUCUAUCUAUCUAUCUAUCUAUCUAUCUAUCUAUCUAUCUAUGUUCAUUAUCCAUUUGUGCCUGUUCAAGUAUUUCUUAGUCUCUAUUUCUCAGUCUCUUUCUUUCAAUCCCAGUCAUUAAUGAUAUCUGUCAUCCUUUCUUUAUUAUUUCUUUCUUUCUGUCUCUAUCUAGGAUAUAAAUUUAGCGCUCUUGCCUCUCUUUUCCUUUCUUUCCUUUCUCUUUUUCCUUUCUUUUCUUCCUUUUUUUUCUUUUCGUGCCCCUAA